AUGGCCCAGGAAGGGCACCGGGACACGGUAGGGUGUAGCCGAGGGUGUCAGGAGACGGCGGAACGCAUGCGCGUAUGCACGCUUAUGCAGCAGACGACGGACUCGGCCAGCCGCCGCCGUCGCGACCUCCACCGAUCGAUAUGCACCGGCGAGACAUUUAUUUCUUCCCCAGGAUACAAGAACAGCUCGCCCCCGAAC